AUGCUGCACCAGGCUCCGUCGAUAUACCAGUCGCCGAAAUGCUUCGUCACGUACGGCAUGAUGGGACACGUUGAUCCCAGGCAGAUUCCGAGUAGGGGCAAGCCUUGGACGGCCAUAUCAGAUCUCGACUUUAUCCACAAGGUUGACUUGAUCAUUCCUCAGGACAUCUAUGAGGCUGUUGCCCAGAAGAUGACUGAGCGUGAAGCCCCGGCAUAUUACAGAGUCGUCAUGACGCUGGGCCAGGUGCUGGAAACCAAGUUUCUUACUCAGUACAUCAAGCUAGGAAACAUCAUGAUGCUCUCCGAAGGAAAGACAACCAUUGGAAAUCUAUUCACUCUUCGAGAAGGAAAUUUGGACCUAUAUCUCGAUAGAGAGACGUAUGAGCGCGCUGGUCUCGAAGGAAAGCCUUACGGUAUCAAGGGUGGCCGGGGAUCGAAGCCCAGAUGGACCAUGAGUGUAGAUUUAUUGCAAGACCUCAACGCGAAGCAAAUGACAUCCUCACCAAGGCCAUCUACAGACACCGGAAUCCAUCAGAUACCCCUCAGGAUACCCUCCACAAUCCUUGCGCAAGGAGACCGCGAGGCUCUUGAAUAUUCUGCGACAGACAUGUACGAGUGGCUCUCACUGGUCCGAUUGGAAAGCCCUCGUGUUGUAGCCGGGGAUGCCAUCGACUCAUAUCUCUCGCGAUAUGCGCCACCAGGAGCAGACAGCACCGCGGAUCAAGUGCAAGUCUUCACCAACUGCCCCUCGCAAUCUUGGUUUGCGCUUAGCGGCACCACCUUUUCUCGCAACAUCCUUGGAGGAUGCAACGAAUUGAGUUUUCUUCGGCCACCGGAGAGCUCGGGAGAAUUUCUCAUGUGGGAGACCAAAAGUCAGGACUGA